AUGCCGGUUACUCUUCCUGAUCUUGACUAUCCACAUGAUGGACUUGAGCCUUACAUUUCGAAAGAAAUCAUGUGCCUUCAUCACUUGAAGCAUCAUCAGGCCUACGUUACGGCCUAUAACGCAGCUGAGGAGGCCCUCAAGAAGGCAUGUACGCCCAAGGAACAGAUCAGGCUACAGGCAGCUAUCAAUUUCAACGGAGGCGGUCAUAUCAAUCACUCCUUGUUUUGGAAGAACCUUGCACCAAAGGCGUCUGGAAAAUGCGAACCAUGCGGUGGACUCAAGAAAGCCAUCGUUGAUGGGUUUGGUAGCGUCGAAAACUUCAAGAAGGAGUUCAAUGAUACCACUAUUGCAAUUCAGGGAUCCGGAUGGGGAUGGUUGGUUUAUAACAACAAAACUAAGCAGAUCGAAAUCACAACUACUUCAAACCAGGAUAUCCUCAUAGCAAAGUAUUGCCCCAUUAUCGGGGUCGACAUUUGGGAACACGCUUUUUAUCUCCAGUAUAAAAAUGUCAAAAAAGAUUACUUGGACGCCAUUUGGAAUGUCAUCAACUUCGAAGAAGCCGAGAGGCGCUAUCAAUGUGCGGCUAGUGGCAAACCGGAAUGUGGCUCGCUCUGA